GCUGUGGUUUCUCACACUUGUUACGGGAACACCAGAUAGUUUGUCACACCGGCAAGUGUAGUUGUCUUGUAGAACUCGCCACGUCGUCUGUGGAGUCCGAUGGAGGGCUAUGAUUAAUUGUUGUCGAUUGUAUCGUGAUUGUUGCCUAUCGACACAUUCAUUUCAGCCCCACGUGAAAAGGGAAUAGGGGGCAUAGAAACAAAUUUAGGUUAAUGCAAUAAGUAUACGGCGAAAUAGAUGGGGGAGGUAAGGAAACUGCAGAAGAAGUUGAGGCAGAUUGAGAAUCUGGAGAUCAAGGCUUCUCUAACAACAGAAGAAAGAGUUAAGGUCUCCAAAAAGGCGGAGCUUCGCGCAAGAUUGGCUGAGCUGUUGCUGCAACAUUGUGGCCCACAGCAACCCCAAAGCAUUGUGGGAGACGAAAGUGAGAAGAUGAAGAGACAAGUCCCUGAGGUCUCCAGUGUUCCAUCACCAGCUCCAAAGGUUCCGAGAACAGCAACCCCAGAGACGGAGACGGGGACAGGGACAGGAGCAGGGCAGGGGAAGGGGAAGGGGGACUCGGAAGAGGAUGCAGAUCCACAAGACAAUCCAGCAGCCCCCACAGAAACCGCCAGCCCUCUACAACAGAAAGAAUCAGAGUUUUCAUCCCUCAAAGCCUCUUGGGAAGCGACAAAAUUCAGACUCCGCACUCUCGAGGGUCACAGUGACAUAAUCACGUGCGUGGUUGCCGUGGACAACCUUGUGAUCUCUGGCAGCCGCGAUACGACAGUUAAAGUGUGGCAUGUUCCCACGGCAACAGAGCAGCGCAAUCUGGGGGGUCACAGUGGUGGGGUGACCUGUCUCGGUGUUCCCCCUCCAGAGUACUGCCGGAGAAUGGCACGGUUCUUGGACCUCAGUGAAAAGGAGCGGUUUAUCCUCAGUGGCGCCAGUGACUGCUGUGUGAGAGUCUGGGUGUUGAGCACAGGGCAGUGUGUCAAAUCCAUCUACACCUUCAACGCCGUGACGGCUCUCUGCUUCGUUCCCGAGGGGCCCGGAUACAUCAUCACUGGAUCAGAUGGAGGCAAGGUUCAGACGUGGAGCUGGCAGUCCAUGGAGAACUGUCAGUCAGUCAACGCACACCGGGAGGCAGUCACCGCACUACAGUCCCAGGGCCCUCUGGUGUUCUCCGGCUCCGCAGACGGGGGCGUGUGCGUGUGGGAGGUGCAUCCUUCACAACACCACACUCCCCUGCACCGCCUCCAGGACUGGGGGCCCUCGGUGACGGGGUGUGGCGGGGGGGCCCAUCUGGCCCUGAGUCCCCGUGGUGACCGCGUCUUCAUGGCCUGUGGCCGCGCCAGCGUGAGGGUCCUGGACUGGAGGACAGGCUCUGUGUCCCGAGUGACCAAUCACAGCAGCACGGCCGGAGUGACAGAUUGCAUCAAUCAGUUAUCGGGCCUUCUGAUUGGCUCCUGCUUCGAUCUGGCCACUGGAGGGAGCACUCUGAACUUGUUCACUCUCCCCCAGUGCAGGUACCUGGUUUCCCUCGUCCUCCCGCCCGACACUCCCAGAAUCCUCUGCUUUGCUGCGUGGCGCACUGCCAGCGGAGACCACCGCUGGGUGACGGGCGGCCGUGAGCUGACGGUCUGGGAGCAGCUCCCGUCCAAGACCAAGCACAAGGGCGACGUGUUGGUGAGGCGAGACUGCCGCUUGGACACCUCCCUGGUGGAAUCGGAGGAGGACUCGGAGGGGGAUGUGGAGGAGAGCGAUGGCUAUAGUGAGGAGGACUCUCUGCCUGGGGACGUGGCUGAUGUGGAGGAGGUGGUGGUCUCUGGCUCCUCGUGGCUGCGAUGCGUUCUCCAGUGACAGCCGAGGAGGCUGACCGUACCGCACCGCACCGCACCGCACCGCACCGCGCCACAGCACGCCGCCACUGAAGCGGAGAGAGAGAGAAGACACCUCAGAGCGAUGAAGAGGGACCAGGAGGAGACGCGCGAAGGGGAGAGGAGAGGAUCAUCAUCAGACAGAAGAACGAGGGAGGAGGGUGGAGAAAGAGAGUGGAGGAGAGAAGGGAAAGGCCACUCGGACUGAAGACUGAGAGAGAGAGAGAGAGAGAGAGAGAGAGAGAGAGAGAGAGAGAGAGAGAGAGAGAGAGAGAGAGAGAGA